AUGGAACAGCUUCGAGCUCGCACCGAGCGAGUCAAUCGCAACAUCAGUUCCAAACGGAGCAAAGAUGGCUGGAUCAUGGAGAAGCAGCCCAUGACGUUCACGGACGGGACGACUUGGAGCAACGUCGACUCCGAUGUCACGCCCCUUGAGCGUCGCACCUGGUCGUCUUGGACGAUCUUGGGAUACUGGUUCAGCGAUGUCCUGUCAGCACAGAGUUGGGCUGGUGCCUCGGCAAUCAUCGCGGUCGGACUCACAUGCGUCGAUGCUGAUGUCGACAGGCGGGAGUCUGUCUACUGUCUGAUCCUGGGUACCUUCGUCGUCACGAUCCCGCUCUGUAUGAACGGUGCCAUGGGAGCGCAACUCCACGUACCCUUCCCAAUCUGCGCGAGAUCGAGCUUUGGGUAUUACUUCAGUCGUUUUGCCAUCAUCAUUCGCAUGGUCACGGCUCUCUUCUGGCACGCGAUUCAAACAUACUCUGGAUCGACGGCGAUGACCCAAAUGAUCCGUGCAAUCUGGCCUUCGUACCUGGACAUCCCGAAUCAUCUCCCCGCGUCCGCGGGCAUCACCACACAACAGAUGGUGUCGCACUUUCUCUUCUGGUCCGUCCAAUUCCCCAUCCUGCUGAUUCCACCCCACAAGCUCCGAUGGUUCUUCGUCUUCAAGACCGUGGUGGUAGUCGCAGCCGCCGUCGGCACGGUCAUCGGGAUGUCGGUACUGGCGAACGGCGCGGGAGACAUCUGGGACCAGCAACCCACCGUCUCUGGCUCCACGAAAUCCUGGCUGAUCCUGUCUUCCAUGUCUUCGAUGACCGGCGGCUGGGCGACCAUGGCCACCAACGUCGCCGACUUCACGAGAUACCUCAAGAAGCCAAAGGGUGUCUAUUGGCAGUCGUUGUUCGUCCCCGGCAUCUGCACCAUGCUCGGCGUCUUCGGCAUCAUCGGCACCUCGUGCGCAAAGGUGGUGUACGGAGAAUACAUCUGGGAUCCCCUCGCCCUCGCCUCCAUGUGGGAGGGCCCAAAAGGCCGCGCCGCCGCCUUCUUCGUCGGCUUCGCCUGGUGCGUCGCGCAGAUCGGAGUCAACCUGUCCGCCAACGUCAUCUCCUGCUCCAACGACAUGGUGAAUCUGUUCCCGAAAUACAUCAGCAUCCGCCGCGGCGUCGUCAUCACCACCGUCAUCGGCGGCUGGGUCAUGGUGCCCUGGAAGAUCGUCUCGUCCGCCGCGAGCUUGCUCAACUUCAUGGGUGCGCUGGGCGUGUUCCUCGCGCCCGUCGCUGCCAUUACGGCGUGCGACUUUUGGGUGGUCAAGCGGCGCGCGGUAGAUGUGCCGGCGCUGUACCGUCGGCAUUCGAGAUAUCGCUACAACACGAUCGGAACGAACUGGCGUGCCGUCGUGGCGCUGCUGGUGAGCGCGGUGCCGAAUCUGCCCGGCAUGGCUGCUGCGGUGAACGCCAAUGUCGAUAUUGGUGGCGCCGCUUACAUCUACGACAUCUUCUACCUGUAUGGCUUCACCUCGGCGUUUGUCGUGUACGCAGGACUGAGCUGGGCGUUCCCAGCGCAGGAGACGCUGAUCGAGGAGAGCAUUUACGAGGAUGUCGUUCUCAUGAACGGAGUGGAGAUGAUCAACGAUGGAGUGCAUCGGCCGUUUGCAGAUGGAAAGGCUGUUGCUGAGGACCGGGCUACUGAAGUCAGCGCGAGCUAG